AAACUUGUGUUGAUCGAUUUUGGACGGGGUGAUUUUUUAAACUGAACUUGUGAUACGGACGAACAGAAGGAUCCUGUGCAGUGUUGAUUAACUAUUAAAGAUGCCGAAGAUUUUCCUAAUAAAGAAGCGGUUGCACGAGCAGCAACUCGGCUUGCAGGAGGGUCAGGAGCUCCUUGGCAAGGGUGACCCGCUGUGCCCUGGCUCUCCUCUCGACGAUGGUCCUAUACCGCUCCUCUCCAAAAAGGAUAAGGAAUGCGUCGAUCGCGACGUAUUUGGCGAGAAUAAUGGAGCAAAGAAUACACAAGAACGAAGAAAUAAGGAACCCAGACGGUUCAUAUCAUCAAUCCUUGGUGGGGAAAUACCUUACGGCAGCCACCGAGGACAUGUCCUUACGCAGGCUGAAAGAAAACAGUACUUACCCGUAGUUGCAGAAGAUAAAAAGACUGAGGAUAAACCACUAAUAAAAGAGGAAAAAGAUGUAUUAGAGAACGAACCAGUAGUCCUACCACCCCGAAAUUCACCAACACCAGAAUCAGCUCCUUCUCCUGGAAUCGAUAAUAAUGUAACCUGUCAAAAAGUAUCUGUCAUACAAAGAACGCCAUCACAGUCACAAUUUCGAGACAGUAAAAAGGAAUUAUCCGACGUAACCAUCCCGGCCACACUACCUACUUCGGAACCUGAACAAGAUCAGCCUAUUGACUAUGCCAUUGCAAAAAAGAGAGGUGAAUCUGAAGACGAGGAAACCGAAAAGAAGAUCAGAGAACAGAGGCGAACUAGUAGUUCUAAAAUUGCAAAUGGAAUUUUAGCGAGGCCAUUAUUAGUUCUAAGAAAUCGUCCUGGUAAUAAAAUUCCUGGAAUUUUAAAUGCUGCCGCCGGUCAUGGACGGUCUACGGGAGGUAAUGGCUCGAAUGGCAAUUCACAAAGUAGUGGAGGCUCUGGAAACUUUAGCUCUGGUACUGGAAGUGCUGCCCCAUCAUCCGGUGGUGGUGGAGCUUUAGGUGGUGGCUCUGGUAGCGGUGGUAAUGGCCGCGAUGGUAGAUCUAACUAUGGUCCUAAUAGCCCUCCAACUGGGAGUCUUCCACCAUUUUACGAAACCUUAGGACCAUCGACUAAGAGUGGUCAAAACACAUUCAAUGCCAAUGGUAACUUUACAAAUGAAUUUAACAUUAUUAAUGGCUUCAACAUGGAUUGUGAAAACAAUGAAAAUACAAAUACUAAUUUUCCCGAACAAAGUAAACAAUAUUCGUUAAUGCAAAAUGCACAUUAUGGUUUAGCUCUUAAAGAUGAAGAAAUUGAUUAUGAAAAUAAAUUAGAAAAUUUAAGUGCAAUUGGGUAUGGCAGCAACUUUGAUGAUUCAAUGGUUGUAGAUAUGGGAGAAGACGUUAUAGAUAAUAAUCAAUUUUAUACUACUUUAACUUUCCCACCAAAUGAAGCAAUAUUAGGAAACCUUUCAGACUCGACAGAAGAUUUUGCUAGUUUCUUAAAUAAUCAGGUAGAAUCAAUUACCGAUUCCGAAUUAAGAGAAUCUUCGUCAAUUACACCUGACUCGGUACAUAAUGCAGUUGACAUAGAAUCGUUAGCAGAGCAAGUUAAUUUAAGCAGACAGUAUUAUGAGAAAGCUAACUACAUAGCUUUUGCAAGCCAAGAACAGGGUUCAACUUACAAUUUUGCAAAAGAACGACCUGAUCUUUUAAUGCAACUCAAUCCAGCACUUCUCCAAAAUGAAGGUCAAAUGCAGCAAUUACAAAUACAUGUUCAACUACAACAGAGGCAGCAAAUAUUGUCCCCUGGAUUUCCAUUCACAAAUCCGUCGUUGGACCUGGACUCCCCAACAGGGGUUUCUUUGCCGUCUCCGGGUGGAAACAAUUCACUGGAUGGCAGCAGUCACAUCGAAAACUCUGCUCUCAGCCCUGCUGCUGCUGUAAGUGUCAAGAAAGUCUCUAUCGUCGAUAGCAAAAUACAAAUCUUGCAUCAAAGGUUGGGCCUUCCAGCAGAGCUUCCCUUAGAGUUUAUUAAUGGAGGGCAUGGAGUGAAGAACCCAUUAGCUACUGAAGCUAACGCUAGACAAAGAGAAGAAGAGAAAAAUAAGCAAGUGCUAGUAAGCGAAGAUGACCCUACAAAAUUUGUAUGCAGGAUUUGUACGAAGAACUUCAGUCUACAAAGACUUUUGAAUAGACACAUGAAAUGCCACUCUGACGUCAAACGAUACCUAUGCACAUUUUGUGGUAAAGGUUUUAACGACACUUUUGACCUUAAAAGACAUACAAGAACACACACUGGUGUACGACCUUACAAGUGUAACUUGUGCGAAAAAUCCUUUACGCAAAGAUGCUCUUUAGAAUCUCACUGUCUAAAAGUUCAUGGGGUACAACACACCUACGCUUAUAAGGAGAGGAGGACUAAGAUGUACGUAUGCGAAGAAUGCGGUCACACUACAUCAGAGCCUGAAGAACACUACAUGCAUUUAAAAAAACAGCACCCUUAUUCUCCUGCACUCCUCAAGUUCUAUGACAAGAGACAUUUUAAAUUUACGAAUGCAACUUUCGCCAAUCAACUUCUGGGCCAGCUGCCUAUGCCAGUUCAUAAUUAAGGGUUCAGAUAUUCAAACCAAUUUUGUACCACUUUUGAUACGUACUUACUAAUUUAUUACUACAUUUAAACGUUUGGUGCAAAAUUGGAAUAAGAAAUACGAAUUUAUUCCGUCCGUUUUUAAGGUAUCGAUUAAACUUAGAGCUUAGAACCCCAGUGCAUACGUAAUUUUCGACGAGUGCAAUACACUGUAAACUCGGUUUGACACUGUCUUCCAAAAUAAAUAUGGGUAUAAUGCAUCUGUUACUAAAUAUUCUGCGAUUAAGUUACAAAUGAGGAACGACUACAACUUGAUGUUCCGUUUUAAAAUACCUUAAUUUUUUAACAGUCAGGGAUAAUCCCUUUAGUCUUGAUUUAGGCAUGACUGGAAUUAAAAAAAUCAAAGUAUCGGGUAUUAUGUGCAAUCUUUGGUGAUGGUACGGGAUUAUUAUUAAGUAUAGUAAUUAGUGUAAAUCUUAACAAUUAGUUUUAGUACAUUUCUAAUGUUAUUUAAAUAAAAAUAUAGCGUGUUUCAAUUCAAUUCAGCGAUUACAUCGGAUUAUUAUUUUGGAUGGUGCUAAAUGCAAGUAUUACGAAAGUCGCUGACUUGAUGCGAAGCGAUUAUGAUUGGGAUGACACUCUUUGUCCAAAUCAUAAAACUACGUCAAUGUUGAUAAGACCUUGAUGGUAACUCCAGGAUAAGGAAUCUCUUUUCCUCGUUUAGUGAUAUUAGUUUCUAAUCGUCUCACAAAAUAUUAACACAAAUAAUGUCACAAGUUUUGUGUUAUGUAUGUACUUAAUGUUAUGUUUGUUUUUUGUUGGUACUUAUUAAUGUAACAAAAUUUUAAAACCUUGUAUUUACGUGAGAACAUAAGUUGGGCUCACGAUAAGUCGUACCAAGUUAAAAUGCAUUUUCUAGAUUUAUUUAUAUUAUUUAAAUUAUAGAUUCGAUCGGAUGCAGUCUAUACUGUGAGUGUGUAUGGGAACAAUCUAUCAGUGUAAUUAAGUUAUUAAAUGUGUUGAAUGUUACAGCAUAAUGAAACAUCGAGAUAAAUAUUGUGAAUCAAAAUAUUUGGUAGUGAAAGUUUUAUCUAAUAUUAUUAUGCUCAAUUUGGUACAUUUGCGCUUUCACAGCGAAGCUUGGGGAUAUAAAAAAAUUGUAAAUAUGUCUAAAUUUAGAAAGUAGUAGUAAAAAUUUAAGAUAAUUCUAUCUAAAUAUUUUAGUAGUACCUAAUUAGUGUUUAUGAGAUUUUAAAAAAGAUAAAAUUGUUAUAGUAUUUUGUACGAUUUGGUAAGUUUUGAUAGAUAUGAACACUUAAUUUAUAUAUUGGCUUAUCAUCAUGGUUUUGUCCCAUUAUAUUAUUAUUGUGAUAGCGCAAUGCCUUUACCUACAUCUAUUGCAUUUAUUAGCAUUUUGAACCCAUUGUCAAGUUGUUGUUUCGUGUUUUUUGGAAACACUCUUGUUAUUCUGUAUUGAUAAGCAAUAUAUCAAGAUUAAAACAUU